CGUUGCGGGUAUCAUCGUCGGAUCCCUCUGUGGCGCCGUGGUCCUAGCAGGCCUCGCCUUCCUCCUCUAUCGGGUCUAUAGGAGAAAGUGCGGGGCACGGAUGCGCUAUGAAAGGUUGGGUGGCAUGCAAAAGCAGCCGGCGCCCGCCGUUCAGAUUGAUGGCAAGAGUUUGGCGACGCCUUCAGUAAGGUAUGUAUGUUUAAAGACAGUCCCGUUCACCCUGCCGCCGGCCCCCAUCCCCAGGGAGCGCAUCGGGGGUUUCACAUUCCCCCCUCCUAACUGUAUGCCGGACAUGCUGGAUCAACCCGACAUGAGAGGGUCGGCCGAGCGGAGACCCUCUGUUACCAUGGAGCGAAGGCCGUCCUACGCAGGCUGCCAAGUACCCAUCAUCAACCAGGAUCAGCAGAAAAUCAUGUCGUCGUCGUCAUCGGCGUACGACCAGGAAGACGGACGUCGUGACAGCGUAGGUACUCUCAGCCUAUGCAGCGCCGAUUCGGCCGAGGGAGGAUCCCCCACCCAUAACACCAGCUCGCCCCGGAUCAACAACCGCAGACCGUCCGCAACCGAAAUGAUGAGUCCGCCAGUUGGUGCCUUCGUACUCGGUGGUCUGAAUCCCGAGCUAUACAAGCUGCAGGACGAAGAGGAGGAGUCCAACUACCCCGAUGACCACAUCGGACGAAUAUGGUUCGCUGUUGAGUAUGAGCUCGAAUCCGAGCGCCUUGUCGUAUCCCUCAUUAAGUCCAAAAACCUACCUAGUAGAACAUUAGGCAAUGCCAACCAGUGUGACCCCCUGGUGAAAGUCUUUCUACUUCCGGAGGAAAGACGUCAUCUACAGUCAAAGGUCAAACGGAAAACUUGCAACCCCAGGUUCGACGAGAGCUUCGUCUUCCAGGUCACUUUCAAAGCUUUGCAGCAACGCACCCUUCGUCUCUCCGUCUAUGACGUGGAUCGCUCCAAGAAGCACAGGCUGAUCGGUCACAGCACCUACCCUCUCAAAGAUAUGGACUAUGAGGCCCACCAGAAGGUCGUUAUGUGGCUCGAUCUUGAGAAAGAAGUAACCGAGCAAUCUGCUUCUUCAGAGACCGGCGAUAUUCAUUUCUCAUUAAACUACAACAACACAAACGAACGACUGACCGUGGUCAUGGCUGAGGGAAAAGGCUUUAAAAUGCUCGAUGGCUUUCAACACGUUGACAGCUACGUCAAAGUGAGUCUCAUGAACAUUGGCAAGGUGGUCAAGGCCAAAAAGACCGAGAUCAUCAAGAAGAACCCUUCACCAACCUUUAACGAGUCGUUUCAUUUCAAGCUUCCACCAGAUGGCCUCGACAUGUACAGUAUCUCCGUGGCCGUUAUGCAGCAUGCACCUGGGGUCAAAGGUGACAAGCAGAUCGGCAGAGUAGUAGUCGGUCCUUUCAUGUACGCUCGAGGCAAAGAACUGGAGCACUGGAAUGAUAUGGUCAGUCAUCCAAAGGAGCCUAUUUCACAGUGGCAUUCCCUAACGUGAAUCUCGGGACUCACUUUUAUUAACCAUUUAGGCACAGCGACGGAGCAGGCCCCGUGCAUGUCCACAUAACCGACCGAGUGAGAGCGAAAGGGGUAAGAUUAGGAAGGGGUGAGAGAACAGGAGAGCGAGAGAGAGAGAGAGAGAGAGAGAGGGAGAGAGAGAGAGAGAGAAAGAGACAGGAUUGUGAGUGGGAUAAUGAGGUAGAGAAGAGAGACGUGAAAGAGAGAGAGAGAGAGAGUAUGAGAGUGGUGGACAUUACAAGUUUUUUCCGUCAGUCUCAUUUUGGUUAUGAGAAAGAGCAUAGUGGAUUGGACGUUUCGUGUCACGUGACCCUCUGAUCAAUCUUCGGAAGCACAUUAUUGGCCCAUCGCCUGGAGAUGCUACAUAAGAUGCGAUGACAAUAUCAAAGAAAUCAACCAUGUCUAUAAGCAUCCCAAAUCGAGAAUUAAUGAAAGAAUGAUUAUUGCGAUGACUGAAAGAUGUCUUAUCUUUCAAAUAGUUGCGAAACAAUUUGAUCAUGUUAAUUUGUCAUUUUACUGCACCUUCAAAGUCUAUUUUCUCUGGUUACGGACGAAUGUAAAUGUAGUCCGUUCCUCGACUAAAAAAGCGCCAAACCCACUACUUCCUCUAAAAGGAGACGUCCAUUGUAUCCUGUCCUGGAAUCGUUGCAAUGAUUGGAAUUGUAUAUCGCUCUCGUCCACCAACCCAGGCUGGAGGAAACUGAAUCGGGUUCAUUUAUAUUACCUACCCACAUUGCUACAUGAACAGAAUAAACACAAGAGACCUUAGGGAGCAGAGCUGAUAAUCAAAUUGAUUUGUGGGACAUUUGGUCACCACUACCCAAAGCUUUAUAUCAUUCCGAGGCCGCGAUGAAUAUAGACGAUAACGCAAUCAGUUAUGAAGAACAUACAUGCAUGUGUUGUAAAGAGUACGUAUUUAAACAUAGAUUGAAUGCAAUGAUGUACGUUAGAAGAGGACUCAGAGGAGACAUUGGAAUGGUUUGUAUUCUGAUGAUGUCAAGGUCAUAUCCAAACUAUCAGGACUAUAGUGUACCAUUUAUUGAAUUUUGAAGAGACAAUUUCAGCAUACUGUAAGAGUUGAUUUUCUAUGUAGACACGUUCAGUUUGUAUUGUUAUGAACUUCUUCCUUGGAAAUAUUCUGCAAAAAGUAGUUAAUAGAAUUUAUAUAAACAUGAUGAGCCUGGUUGCUUAUUGAUAAGCAUGUUGUUUUAGCAGUCAAAUUUAAAAAAAGCAACCAACCAACCAAUGUUUGUGAAGAUUGGUCACCCUAGAUGGGAAAGUAAAAUGGUGAACAGGCUUGCGUUUUGGAGUAGUAACGUUGGAAGGCGUGACGUUGGAAAGUGCCAUGUUUCAGGUAUGUGAAUGGAUAUCAAGGUGUUAAGUCCCUUUUCAGUGGCGGAUCCCACAUUUUUUAAAGGGGCACGGGUCUUGAUGAACAACAAAAGACAGACAAAAACGAAGAUAAAGAGAAGAAAAAAUGGUUCGAACCCCGGCCGCGUCAUACCAAAAAACGUUAAAA